CCCAAUUACUGAACGCAUCGCGAAUUUCGAAUUCGAACAGUCAGCCGCGGUGUACGUCGCUGAGAAGUCGCGUCGCCAAUGCGAACUUGCAGUAUUUGUAUUUAUAUUCAGUGUUUUAAUUAAUUUUAUUAUAUAUUAAAAAGUAGCCAUGGCGACGAGUAUACAGAAAAACGGCGACAGUCAAAACAUACUAGCGAAAGCACCUUGGACUGACGAGCAAGGUAUCGGCAUGAAGAUCUACGAAGGCGUGGUAGUGACUCUGGAGGUGAUCGUUCUCAUUAUCAAGAUGUACGCCACUUGGUUCUACCGAAUGUACAAGUUCUUUGUGCCUAACGAACCUAAGAGUGUCAAGGGAGAGAUUGUACUGAUCACUGGCGCUGGUCAUGGUAUGGGCCGGGAGAUGGCACUCAGCUUCGCGAAGCUCGGCAGUAUAGUGGUAUGUGUGGACAUCAAUCCCACCAGCAACGAGGAGACAGUGAAUAUGGUCAAGGAAAACAAGGGCCAAGCACAUAGCUAUCUAUGUGACGUAACCAACCGGUCAGCCAUCAAUGAAAUGGCAGAAAAAAUCCGCAAGGAGGUAGGCGAGGUGUCGAUCCUCGUGAACAACGCUGGCAUCAUGCCUUGCAAGCCGCUCCUCAAACAGACGGAGAAAGAAAUUAGGGCUACCUUUGAGGUCAACUGUCUCGCCCACAUCUGGCUCUUCCAAGCUUUUCUUCCAUCAAUGAUGGAGAGGAACCACGGACAUAUAGUGGCGAUGUCCUCUAUGGCGGGGGUGCUUGGACUCAGGAAUCUGGUGCCCUAUUGCGGUACAAAGUUCGCCGUGAGAGGAAUGAUGGAGGCCGUGUAUGAGGAAUUAAGGGAGGAUCCCAGAGACUUCAGCGGAAUUAAACUGACUUGCAUCUGUCCUUACAUUGUGGACACGGGCUUAUGCAAGAACCCCAAGAUUAAAUUCCCCACCCUGAUGAAGAUCCUGUCGCCCAAGGAGGCGGUGCAGGACAUCAUAGACGCCGUCAGGAGAGAAUAUAACGAGAUCACUAUACCCAGCUCGUUGUAUUACACCAAUCAGUUCCUGCGGAUGUUCCCCCGCGAGGUGCCGCUCCACUUCAAAGACUUCCUGGACUCUGGCUUGGAGGCUGACUAAAAUAAACAUACCGCACAUACAAAUACAAUAUAGGGACCAUUUGAAACGUCGAUCUGACAAAUAUCCUGAACACGAAAUUGCUAGGCCAAUAAUAAUAUUAAUAUUGUCAAAGAAAUGAUUGGAACCGUACUAUUUUUCUUAAAAUAUUCUAUUUCUCCAAACGACCAACGUCUCGCGUUCUCGUGGACGGGAGUUGUCACGUCAUGUAACUAGUUAACUGCUAACAGCUUAGUUGUUUUGUUUAUGGAGACUGUAAAUAAAAAUUAAAUAAGCUAAGAUUAGAAUAGAAAAUAAAUAUUAAUUUAAGUUAUAUAUAAUUGUAUGAAACUUUCUAUGUCCGAUAUUAAACGCAUUUAAAUACAUGUCCGACAAAUGCACUGAGUAUCUCUUAUUACGAUCAUUGUAUUAAUAUAAAGAUGUCAUAGACAUAGAGUGAGGAAGCAUAAUAAAAGGUCACAGACAAUAAACAAAAGAUUUUUUUUCUGUUCAAUAAAAUAUUCUUAUGUUAAAAACAAUGAAAUCAAAAAAAAUAAUAAUGCUAAGUACAAAAUAUUUUUAUCCACUGGCAACAAUGUCUUGUUUAUUUAUGUCGUUAAAGCAACAAUAUGUAGUGUUGUUGAUAAUGAACAUGAAUUCUAAGAUUCCUCACUUUAUGAUCUAUUCAAUAGAAAUCAAACCAGAAAUACUUAUCUGUUGUCUGAGUUUCACUAACAAUCUGAUUUUUUUGUAAAAUUUUAAAUAUGGGUGAUACUAUUAUUUAAGGGGUCGCUACUCGCUGAGUGAAAUCAAAUAAACUUAUCAAAGAA